GAAAAACAAGAUGGAAACGAUGGAAAAGGUUGCAAUCACCAUUGUUGUAGUUGUGAUGGUGAGUUGGGGAUGGAAAUUACUGAACUGGGUAUGGUUGAAGCCAAAGAGACUAGAGAAGUGGCUGAGAGAUGAAGGGUAUAACGGUAAUUCAUACAGGCUUUUAAUUGGUGAUAUGAUAGAGCUUGCAACAAUGAUGAAAGAAGGUAAAUCAAAGCCAAUUCCAGUCACACAUGAUAUCACUUCAUAUGCUCUACCCUUUGAUCAUCAUAUAUUCUCUAAAUACGGUGAAAAGUCAUUCGUAUGGUUGGGGCCAAAACCAACGAUGUAUAUCAAGGAUCCAGAGUUAAUAAAACAUGUAUUAUUAAGACCAGACGAGUUUCAGAAGCCAUAUCCCGAGCCGGUUCAGGAUAGCCUCAUCGGUGGACUUCUCGUCACCGAAGGUCACAAAUGGAUCAAACAUCGUAAAAUCAUCAAUCCGGCUUUUAAUCUUCAAAAUCUCAAGAUCAUGUUCUCGGCUAUCAGCUCAAGUUGCAGUGAUAUGAUCCACAAAUGGGAGCUCAUAAUGGCUGAAGCCGGUUCCAUCGAAGUGAACGUAUGGCCAUAUAUCGAUAGUUUAGCAGGCGAUGUGAUUUCACGAACAGCUUUUGGUACCUAUUAUAAAGAAGCGGAAAAGAAAUUCGAAAUCCAAAAGGAACAAACCGAUCUUAUAUUCCAAAUGCCUUUUAUACUUCACGUUCCUGGAGGAAGGUUGGUACCGACUCAAGCGAACAAGAAGCUUAAAGAAAACUUUAAAGAGCUUCGAUCUAUACUAAUGACUAUAAUCAACAAGAGGAAGAAAGCAAUCGAGAUGGGAGAAAGUAAACAUGAUGAUUUACUUGGAAUCUUGCUAGAAUCAAAUAAGAAAGAGAUUGAAGAAAAUGGAGUUGGAAUGAGUAUGGAAGAUGUGAUCGAAGAAUGUAAACUAUUCUACAUUGUUGGAUCCGAAACAACCUCGAAUCUGAUUGUCUGGACGAUGGUUUGUUUGAGUUUGCAUAAAGAAUGGCAAAUCCGAGCUCGAGAAGAGAUUUUUCAGGUUUUUGGUGACAAAGAACUUGACUUUGAAGGUCUAAAAAGCCUCAAGAUUUUGACAAUGAUACUAAACGAGGUUCUUAGGUUAUACCCACCAGUGAUCAUGAUGACACGGGCGACCCACAAGAACACGAAGCUAGGAAACAUGAUGAUACCUCCGGGCGUGCAAUUAUCGUUAUCCAUGAUGCAUGUUCAUCAUGACCGUGAAAUAUGGGGAGAUGAUGUAAACGAGUUUAAACCUGAAAGAUUUGCAGAAGGGAUCGUGAAUGCAACGAAGGGCAAAGGUUCAAGCCCGUUCUUCCCGUUUUCUUAUGGUCCUCGUGUUUGCAUUGGACAAAACCUUGCGAUGACGGAAGCAAAAACAGCGAUAGCAAUGGUUUUGCAACGCUUCUCAUUUAAGCUUUCACCGUCUUACAAACAUUCUCCAUUCCCGGGGUUUACUCUUCCACCUCAGUUUGGUGCUCAUUUGAUUUUAAGUAACAUCUCAUAGGUUUUGUUAUUUAAAUAGGUAAGUCUAAGUAAUUUCUCAUAGUUUUUUUAUAUGUAAAUAUGUAAUGUAAUUUUUGUAUACAGAAUAAGUUUAUA